GGCAGAAAAGACAUGGCCGGCGGCCUCACAUCGAACCAGAAAGCGCUCUUUGGCCUGGCCGCGCUCCUCUGCGGGCCUGCGCUGCUCAAGAGGUUUUACGAGAAGCCGAGCUCAGUCGACCUCUCAUCGUUUGCCGUCGUCGCGCGGCCGGCAAUCGAGCGGCACGACUCGACGGUUCGGAUCGAGUUCUGCCGCUCCUGACAGACGGCGGGCGCCUUCCGGCAGUGCGCUCUCGCGCUCCAGUCGGCGUUCCCCGGCGUGCCCAUUGAGGGCGGCGAUUACACACCUCCUGUGGGCGUGCAGUACGCCAUCCGUACCGUGCGGGCGGCGCAGGCGCUGGUGGCUCUCAGCUACUUCUUCGGAGAGCAGGCGGCGGCUGCGGUUCGGCGGCCGACGCCGCGCGCGGUCCUUCAGAUGCACGAUAAUCCGAUGCUCGCGAUCGGCGGCGCGUUCGCUCUGGACGUGGUCGCGCAGACGCUGCAGUCGAUCAAUGCGUUUGAGGUAACCUACAACGGCCAGAAGCUGCACUCCAAGCUUGCCACCGGUCGGAUGCCCCAGCCGGUGGAGCUGGUUCGGCAGCUCGAGACGAUGCGCGCAAAGGAGAAGACGCGCACGCAGGGAGCGGCGGAGGCGUCGGCGCCCAAAGUGCGCAUCGAGUAGGACCCGGUGGAGGGAAGCUGGGAGAGCGGGGCACCCCUCUGGCCGGCUCGCGCGGCCCGUGGGCAUGACGCUGCCCGCCACAAGCCCACGCUCGGGUCAGCGGGCAGCUGAGAGCCGGCGCGGGUCGCAACCACGCGACUCGUGGACGGGCCGCGCAGUCGUGAAUCGUGCCUCGAGCGAGAGAAUAUUUCUUCUUGUAUAUCGAAAAAGCCGUGUGUGGU